AUGGGCAGGAAAGUUGCUAUCAAUCUAUCUAUCUAUCUAUCUAUCUAUCUAUCUAUCUAUCUAUCUAUCUAUUACUUUCUUUUUUUCCUUCUCUUCAUUCUUUUCUGCUUUCUUUUUUAUUUCGUUUUUUUUUGUUUUUUAUUCAUUUCCACGUUUCUUUCAUUUUCCUUCUUUUUUUCUAUUUACUUUCUUGUACCCUUUUAUAUUAUUUCAUUCAUUCUUAGCUUGUUUCCUGGCUUGUUUUUAUCUCUUCUUUCUUUCUUUCUUUCUUUCUUUUUCCAAAGAUUUUUUUCCCCUUUAUAUUUUCUUUAUUCCCCAUUUUAUGUUUUUCCUUCUCUUUCCUGUAUUCUGUUUCCUCAUUUCUUUCUGCAUUUCCACUUUUUUUCAAGUCUCUUUCAUUUUCAUUUCAUUAAUUUCUCUCUCUCUCUCUGUCUUCUCUUUCUUACUCUUUGCUUUGUCGACUGUUUUCCUUUUUAA